AUGGCAACAUCUCAACAAGAGGUGGACUGGCAAACGACGAAGAAGACGGUGUUAGAACGAAGUCGUCAUAUGUUUAAUAAUCCAUUCAUGAGCGAUAUCGCGUUCAGUUGUGAAGACUCAGACAAGAAAUUCUUCGCACAUAAAUAUGUCCUCGCCACAAGUAGUGUUGUAUUUUAUGCGAUGUUUUACGGCGAGCUGGCAGAGAAGAAUCCAGUUGUUCAUCUGAGUGAUACGGACGAGGAAAGUCUGGAGCAAUUUCUACGGUUUCUUUACACGGACGAGUGUAACUUGACAACAGAUAAUGCCGCGUUUGUAUUCUACUUGGCCAAGAAGUAUUUCGUGCCCUCUCUCGUUCAUAAAUGUCUUGAAUAUUUUGACGCCAACUUCUCAACAGAAAAUGUUUUCACACUUUUACAGCAAGCAAUUCAAUUCGACGAAAAUAAACUUGAGGAGAAAUGCUGGGAUUUCAUAGAUUUGAAAACAAACGAAGCUGUCGCUUCUGAUGGAUUUUCUGAUAUUAAUCAAGCAACUUUAGUAGAGUUAUUGAAGCGAGAACCGUUGAACAUCGAAGAGGUUGAUCUUUUCAAAGCACUUUUAAAAUGGAGCGAAGCCGACUGCUCAAGAAAGGGAAUAGAAGCGAAUACAGAGAACAAACGAGCUGUCAUGGGAAAUGCAAUCUAUCAGAUUCGUUUUGCUUCUAUGACGCUUCAAGAUUUUACUCAGAAUGUUUACACGUCGGGUAUACUUACAACAAAAGAAAUGCUUUUAUUCUUUAAUAAAUUUGGCGGAUUAGAAAGAACGUCCGAAAUAUGGAAUAUGUCAGAAACAAGAGCAAAAAAAGAAAUCUUAAGAUGUGGUAUAUUUGAUAGAUAUUAUGGAAGUCGUGGAAUCUCAUUCUUUGAGAAAACUUGGGAGGACACGCUAAGUAUAUCAUUUAGUAAACCAGUGAAAUUUCACGGUGUUCGCUUGCUUGGCAACGAACAGGAGGAAUAUAACGUGAAGUUAGAGGUUUUAUCUCAGAUAAUUGAAAAGAAAUUUCAUUCAGAACGGGAUAAUCGUGUCACAUCUGGGUUUGAUGUCAUGUUACCCGAACCAAUUAAGGUUCAAGCUAAUGUUCCUGUUCACCUGAAAGCCACCAUAACCAGCUGUCGUUGCCCUUAUUGGAACACGCAUGUGAGAAAGACAGUAGAAACAAAUGGUAUUACUAUAAAUUUUGCAAGUCAUUUUGAUGAAAUUAUUUUCAGUGAAAUGUCUGAAUGA